AUCCUGCAGUUUACAAAUGCUUCCUGUACAUCUGUUCUGGUAAUAGAACAGUUCUUUAACAUUUUCCACGCUGCUUCUGUCCUUCAGGUGGUAAUUCUGGCGAUUCAGAGGCUGGUGUGUUUCCAGUUUCCAUUUUGGAGUAACCAGCACUAUAAUUCCCGUCGGGUCCGAUUUGGAACUUUUUCGGUUUAUCCGAUUGCCCUUGCUGUAGAAAUUCUAGGCUUCGUACAGUUAAACCACGUGAAACUUAUCGAGAACGAAUACUGCUUUGGAAGUGAAUAUUCUUUUCAGAUGUUUUAUGAUAAAGUGGCAAUAACCCAGUAUUGGGUUCGGUUUGCCACCGUUAGAAGUGCACCUUGCAUUAUUCUACUCCCGGUUAUUGUUCUGUCUAUCGUUGUAGUACUAAAGAUCUACAGACAACAAAUCAAACUCCGGAAUGUAAACGCCCGGGAAUCCUUUCUAAACGACUCUGUUUUCAUUUUCAUGUCUUCCACAACAUUAUUUAUCGAGACUCUGUACAUUACUAUGCUAACUCUAGAUUAUACCAACAGAAAGUCAAAGGCUACUGGAGCAAGAAAUAUUUACCGUCACCUCGUUACGGACACCAUUUUGUUGCUAACAUACACCUGGUAUUUUUUCUUUCAUACACUUCUUGGAACCAAGGAACGCAAGUUUGUUCACAAGUGGAGAAAUGCAACUAUCUCAAGCUUGACGCGUCCAUCCAGAUACUUCACCGUGCGAAAAAAGCAGAAGAAGGCCCGGAAAGCCACCGUGUCUUGUGAGGGGGAAUCCCACACUUCCGGAGUCCGCUCAGUGGUUUCAAUGAAUCAGGAAUCGAGUGCAUCCGGGAUUCUAGAAAGAGAGUUGUGAUGAUCGGGCACAACUGGACGAAACCCAGAGCUCUACUUUGGCUCAUACUACAAAAUAUCUAAUUUGUUGACUUCUCGUAUUUACUGUUCAAAAAUAAAGUAUAUAUACAUGUAUAAUACAAGCAUUUUUUUAAGAGCGUUAAUUUUAGUGAUUAAGACAUGCAAGUA